UUUGGUGGCAGACGCUUCUCUGGCCGUCGUUUCCAGUCGGCCUGCAGGUAGCCCUGUUGCUCGCUUCGCUUAGCACUUCCUGCCUUGAUGGUCUCCUUGCUCCCUCGCGCACCCUACCUUGCCUCCCUCGGCAAACCCACCUCCCGCGCUUCCUCCUCCUCGCUGCGACUGCCGGCCAUGUCCUCCUCCGCCCCCGCCCCCGCGGCCACGGCGGCGGCCGAGCCGGAGGCGUCCCGCCCAAGGAAGAUGCCGGUGCUCUUAUUCGACGUCAUGGACACCGUCGUCCGCGACCCCUUCUACCACCACAUCCCCUCCUUCUUCCAAAUGUCCAUGAAGGAACUCCUAGAAAGCAAGCAUCCAACAUCAUGGUCCGAAUUUGAGAUGGGGCUGAUUAAUGAGGGCCAGCUGGCCGAAAAAUUCUUCAAUGAUGGCAGAUCUUUUGAUUUGGAAGGUCUGAAAGCAUGCAUGGUGAGAGCAUACGAGUAUGUUGACGGUGUUGAAGAUAUUCUUUGCAGUUUAAAGCAAAACAACUAUGAAGUGCAUGCUUUUACAAAUUAUCCAGUGUGGUACCAGUUGAUUGAGGAAAAGUUAAAGCUGUCGAAGUAUUUGUCAUGGACAUUCUGUUCUUGUCACAUUGGUUAUUCUCGUACUCUGUGGUUGCAUCAUAGGCUGAAUCUAUCGAAUGAAAAGGCUGCUUCUAAUCUUGGACUUGGACUUUCUAUCAUAAUGUUACACAGGAAUACGCAAACCUUCACCAGAUUUUUACCUUCAUGCCGUGGAUCAUCUCAAUAUCGAUCCAGGAAACUGCAUUUUCAUUGAUGACAGGAUGGUAAACAUUGAAGCGGCCCUUAGUGUAGGAAUGGUCGGUUUGCAUUUUAAAAAUGCUGAGGCCCUAAAGAAUGAUUUGUGCUCACUGGGAGUUGAAUUGGCACCUCUUGUGCUUGAAGAUGAAACUGAAGUUCAGUAACAUGGCUUCCUGUUUGGUCUUCUGCUCAUGUAAGAUUCAUGCGUAUGAAUUAUCCUUCUGUCUCUUUAUGAACUACUCCGUAUGUUAAAAGCUUGAUGGGCUGUUAUUGUCACAAUAUUAUACUCCCUCCGUAAACAAAUGUAAGACGUUUUAGGUCACUACUACAUUAUAAAAAUAUAUAAUAUGUUAAUUGUA